AUGCCUAAGAACAAAGGAAAAGGUGGUAAGAACCGAAGGAGGGGCAAGAAUGAGAACGACAAUGAGAAGCGCGAACUGUCCUUCAAGGAGGAAGGCCAAGAGUACGCCCAAGUCCUCAAGAUGCUCGGCAAUGGCCGCCUAGAAGCCCAGUGCUUCGACGGCAUCAAGCGACUUGCACACAUCCGCGGAAAGCUCCGGAAGAAGGUCUGGAUAAACCAGGGCGAUAUCAUCCUCAUUUCUCUGCGCGAUUACCAGGACGAGAAGGGGGAUGUAAUACUCAAAUACUCUGCGGACGAAGCUCGAUCACUGAAAGCCUACGGCGAGCUACCGGAGAACGCAAAGAUCAACGAGACGGACACAUACGGCGACCAAGGCGAUGAAGGCAUUGGCUUCGAAUUCGACGAGGAUAGGGACGACGACAGCGAUGAUAAGGGAGAGAUCGAUGUUGAUGAGAUCUAG